UGGACUAAAGGUUGUGGCAUCAUAAAUUUUGCUUGCCUUCAAGAUACCAUUGGACUCCUUUGUGGAUUUUACAAGUAAGCAAUAAUUGGAGAGCGCAUAGUCCACCUCCGAGACUGCGCGGCCUGGCCAGAAAGCAGAAAUCAAGUUGGACGCAACAAUUUCCUUAACCCGAAGCCCAAUCAAAUUGACAGGCUACUGUUUGAGGACCCCGGUGGGACCUCCCAGUGUCCUGGAAAAAUUGACAGCAUCAAUGAAAGGGCUGACUCCGUCUCUCAACUGCAGACUGUUUGUAACAUAGCUAAGAAAGAUGCAGACUAUAGCUGAAAAUGGAGAUGCCUCUUCUGGAAAACAAAAUGAGGAGAAAACGUAUAAAAAGACUGCAUCCUCAGCUAUCAAAGGUGCCAUACAACUGGGAAUAGGAUACACAGUGGGUAACCUUACAUCUAAGCCAGACAGAGAUGUACUUAUGCAAGAUUUCUAUGUAGUCGAAAGUGUAUUUCUUCCCAGUGAAGGAAGCAAUCUGACUCCUGCUCAUCAUUAUCCAGACUUUAGAUUUAAGACCUAUGCUCCUCUAGCUUUCCGUUACUUCAGAGAACUUUUUGGUAUUAAGCCUGAUGACUACUUGUAUUCAAUUUGCAGUGAACCGCUAAUAGAAUUAUCCAAUCCUGGUGCCAGUGGAUCCUUGUUCUUUGUCACUAGUGAUGAUGAAUUCAUAAUCAAAACGGUUCAACACAAAGAAGCAGAAUUCCUUCAGAAGCUGUUGCCUGGCUACUACAUGAAUCUCAACCAGAAUCCAAGGACACUCUUACCCAAAUUUUAUGGCCUGUAUUGUGUUCAAUCGGGGGGUAUUAAUAUCAGGAUAGUUGUGAUGAACAAUGUUCUGCCUCGAGCACUGAAAAUGCAUUACAACUAUGACUUGAAAGGCUCUACAUACAAAAGAAGAGCAUCCAGAAAGGAACGAGAGAAGUCUAACCCCACGUUUAAAGACUUGGAUUUUUUGCAAGAUUUGCACGAAGGAUUAUAUUUUGACUCGGAAACCUAUAGCGCACUGAUGAAAACACUACAAAGGGAUUGCCGAGUAAGUGAAAUGUUUUGAGUUCAACAUCUAUUAUCGGGCCAUAAUUCUCUUGUUAA